CCUCUUUCCCUCCCCUCCGCCGCCGAGAGUUCCGCCGGGGCGACGGCGAGGGGCGGCCGUCGGCGGGCAAAGGGUAAUGGGGGACCCUGACCUGGAGCGCCGGCCGCGGAGUCGCGCUCGGCUGCCCUGACUCUUCCCCGAGGGGUCCGAACUUUGCGUGUAUCUCGGCUGAGCUCCGCCGUAGCUCGGCGAGGGCGCUGGGGAGCCGUGCCCCGGCAUGCAGGGCGGCGGGCGGCUGCGGGCCUCCUUGGGGAGGUGGCUACUCGCCACCCCCGGCUGGGCCCUGUUGGGGCCGGGGCCCUGCCUGAGGUGGCGGCCCCAGCCCGCCCCGCCGCUCCGCUCCGCCCGGCAGAGUAUCGGGACACAAGGCGGGGGGCUGAGGGGUGAAAAACCUGGCGAUAAUAGCAAAUACGUGUCGGUGCAAAGGGGUCGGAAAGAAGAAACCGUGCUGUCGGCGGCUCAGAAAGUGAAAGAAGCUGGAAGAGACUUUACCUACUUUAUUGUGGUGCUUGUUGGAAUUGGUGUUACAGGUGGUUUGUUCUAUGUGAUUUUUAAAGAGCUAUUCUCUUCUUCUAGUCCAAGUAAGAUCUAUGGAGAUGCCUUGGAGAAAUGCAGAUCUCACCCUGAGAUAAUUGGUGUUUUUGGUGAAUCUAUUAAAGGUUAUGGGGAGGCAACAAGAAGAGGAAGACGACAGCUUGUCAGUCACAUUGAAUACGUAAAGGAUGGACUGAAAUAUAUGCGUUUGAAGUUCUAUAUUGAGGGCUUUGAAUCAGGGAAGCGGGGAACAGUCCAUGUGGAAGUCAAAGAGAAUCCUGAGAAAGGAAGAUUUGAGGUCCGCUACAUAUUUGUGGAUGUUGACACCUAUCCUAGAAGAACCAUUGUCGUAGAAGACAACAGAUAGCCAACAAUCAAAGUUGCUGCCUCAUCUCAUUGAGUACUGGAUGAUACUGGUGUAGCCAGUCUACACGUGAAUUGUUCGGUGUUCUCAAUUGUAUCUUGCAGCUUUGGGGCUGUGUUACAGGACAUAGCCUCUCAGGGCCUCCAUUAAGGUCUUUUGUAAGAACCGAUACAGGAUUUGAAGUGAAGCCAAUGAAAAAUAGUAGAGCCAAGCCAUCACUUACGGCAAAUACUUUUGACAUAGGAAAAUAAUGGCUCAUAAUAAACAGUUUAAUGCUGGAUAAUACUUCUUCACACCCAAAAACUGAGUCUUCCUAGAUUUUAGGUUUGGAUGGGGAGCUUUUUGUCUUCCUUUGCUUGGAUUUCCUACUAGCACUGCAAUAAAGAAAGUGAUAUUGUAAGUGUAGACAAACUCACUGUUUUCAUUCUGAAUAUCUUUGUGUAGAUAAGAAGGUAAAAUAAGAAUGUUAGUGAUGCAAAGGGGAUCUGUCCCAAAGACUGUAAGAAUAUGGACUGCGGAGACACAGAUUCUUGGCAAAUGGCUGAAGAUAAAGACUUCAAUAUUGGUAUCUUCUAAAUAGAUUAACAGCACACAGAACAGCAGUACUGUCUGCUCCUUCCAAUGUUUCCCAUGCUGCUCUGCUAACUAAUGACAGUAUUGUAACUGCUCAGCACUGCCCACAGUUUUUCCAUUAACUUAACUAAUCUAAAUCUCCUGAGAUUCAGAUUCAUAUAGGUUUACCCAAACCAAAAAGCUUAACUUAUGAGCAAAUACCUCACCUGGGUUUCUUCCUUAGUGUGAUGUGGCAGAUGAUAGCAGGCAUGACCCUGUGUAUUAAUAAUCAGACUCAGUUGUGCCUAUUUGUCAAGCAGCACCAACCAAAAAAUUUCAAGCUCUAGCUUCUCACAUUUAACCACUUCCUUAAACACCAACUAAUGCAUUUUUCUGUAGCUACCUAUCAUAUGUUACGAGCUUUUUAGUUCACUAUUGAAUUAUCCUGCCAUUAAGCAUACACUGAUGUUCAGUUAUCAGUCCUUAUUCCAAGUUCCUUUAAUGGUACAUUUGGACUGUUCUAAAGUUCAUACAAUGUUCCCUCAUAGAGUGUAAAGUGCCACAAAUAUCAUAUAUAGACCUUUGGUAAUACUUUACUGGAUUUUAGCCAUCCUGUCCAUCUGUCUCCCAGUAAUCUCAUUUGCAUAAUCGUAACAACUAAACAUAAUACUUCAUUGAACCUGGACAACUUUGCUUUAUAUUAAGCCCUACAACCUCGACUUCGGUCAGAUCCUCGUAUUGUUUGAAAGUAUUCAAUGAAGAGGAAUCAUGCGUUCAUCCCAGUUUGUGAGCAGGGCAGCCACCAAUGUCCAUCCGUGUUAAACUGCAAGGCAUUUUGGAGUUUCUACACUGUAUACAGUAUAACCGACUUUUACACUGUGCAGGCCAAAGGGAUUCUUAUAAAAUUUCGAACAUCAGUUGAGACUGACAAAAGUGAUACCGUAUCCAUUAGUUUCAGCAGAGUUAUAAAUUUGUGUGCUUCCUUUCAUCCCUCAGUGGAUGCUUAUCAAGACUGACAUCCCACAAUUUUACACAUAGUCAAAAGCUAUGGAAGUCUGUGUUGGUGGCUGCCUAUUGUAAGUGUGAGAAAUUGUGGUGCUUGAUAUGUCGCCAUCAAGUAAACUUUAAUUUUUACCUACAGUUAUCGACAUCAUUAAUGGCCAUCUGGAAAGGCCAUAAAAUAAUGAAAGCAAUUGACUCCCAUUGUUCUUCAUGUUAUUUUCUUGAAAGCAGUAGAGUCAUAGAAUCAUAGAAUGAUUUGGGUUGGAAGGGACCUUGAAGAUCCCCUGCUCUGGGCAGGGACACCUCCCACUAGACCGGGUUGUUUAAAGCCUCAUCCAGCCUGUCCUUGAAAACCUCCAGGGAUGGGGCAUCCACAGCUUCAGUAGCACCUUUUGACUUAGGACUUCCUAAUUCUUAGCAUUACGCUUGCCAAAACUUCUGUUCCAGAAGAAAUUUUCAAACCAACCUAAUUAAUUGAUUUAUAAUCCAUUAAAAGGAAAAUAUCUGAG